GUUAGUUAAACAACGAGCAGCACGUAGUUUCUUCACUAAAUCGACAGAUUUCUGAAUGUAGUUUGGCGACAGACUUCUUUCUCUCGGAGCUGCAGGUCCGGGAAGCAACAUUAACAAAGUGCUGUGUCAAUAAUCAUGAAAGUACACAAAACCACCAAACUGUAGAAUCACACGCAGCCCCUAAAGAUACUUUAUUUAUUAGACUUAAGGUCGCAUGUUUGUGAGAUACUUCGGUGAAGGACGCAUCCAGUCGGCACAGACCGCCAUGACUCUCCUGUUUCCACUUCCUCACACAACAAUACGUCACAGUGGCGCGUUGCAUCCUGGUAAAUGAAGUCGAUUGUGCGUUCACGAUGCAGUUUUGAAUCUUUAACAUAAACUUCUCGUUAAUUUAAAUCGAUAUUCUCUCGUUUUCCAGUCAUACGGGUCUCAAAGCAAUAAUAAAGUGGUGGUUCUGCUUCUCGUGUUCGAUUACAUAAAAAUAAUGACACACAAAAACUACAAGUCCCACAUCUGACGUCGUGACGUCAUGACGUUUAGCAACGGCCAGUUGCUAAAGGAGAAAACAGCCGCUUCCGUGUUGUUUCUUGUGUUUUUACAGUCGUUGGUCGUUAGCUCGUCCGAGGUCGAUGUCAUGAUUCAGUGAAGCCGACACACACGCUCUGUUUCUCGGACCCCCCCCCCCCCCCCCCGCCGCCAUGUCGCUGCUGCAGGGCUCCAGGAAGAAAGACAAGCGCAUUCUGUCCGGUACCUGCCCGGACCCGAAAUGCCAGGCGCGGCUGUUCUUCCCGGCUCACGGCUCCGUUAGCAUCGAGUGCACCGAGUGCGGCCAGCGGCACGAGCAGAGGCACCUGCUGAGCGUCGAGGAGGUGACCGACCCGGAUGUGGUGCUGCACAACCUGCUCAGAAACGCCCUGCUGGGCGUCACGGGGGCUCCGAAGAAAGGCACGGAGCUGGUGAAGGUGAUGGGUCUGUCCAACUACCACUGCAAGCUGCUGUCUCCGGUGCUCACCAGGUACGGCAUGGACAAGCAGACCGGCAAGGCCAAGCUGCUGAGGGACAUGAACCAGGGCGAGAUGUUCGACUGCUCGCUGCUGGGGGACCGGGCCUUUCUCAUCGAGCCGGAGCACGUCUCCACCAUGGGCUACGGCAAGGACCGGUCCGGCAGCCUGGUGUACCUCCACGACACCCUGGAGGAGGUGAAGAAGGCCAACGGCGGCGGGGAGUGUCUGAUCCCGGUCCACGUGGACGGGGACGGGCACUGCCUGGUGCACGCCGUGUCCCGGGCGCUGGUGGGCAGGGAGCUCUUCUGGCACGCCCUGAGGGAGAACCUGAAGCAGAACUUCAAGCAGAACCUGGACCGCUACAAGGCGCUCUUCCAGGACUUCAUCGACGCCGCCGAGUGGGAGGACAUCAUCAACGAGUGCGACCCGCUCUUCGUGCCGCCGGAGGGCGUGCCGCUCGGCCUGCGCAACAUCCACAUCUUCGGCCUGGCCAACGUCCUGCACCGGCCCAUAGUGCUGCUGGACUCGCUGAGCGGCAUGCGGAGCUCCGGGGACUACUCGGCCACCUUCCUGCCGGGCCUGGUGCCCGAGGAGCGGUGCCGGGGGAGGGACGGGACCCUCAACAAGCCCAUCUGCAUCGCGUGGAGCAGCUCGGGCCGCAACCACUACAUCCCCCUGGUGGGCAUCAAGAACGCGGUGCCGCCCAAGCUGCCGGCCCGCCUGCUGCCGAAGGCCUGGGGCGUCCCGCAGGAGCUGAUCCGCACGUACGUGGAGCUGGAGCCGGACGGGGGCUGCGUGAUCGGCGGCGACCGCAGCCUGCAGGACAAGUACCUGAUGCGCCUGGUCAACGCCAUGGAGGAGGUGUUCAUGGAGAAGCACAGCAUCCACCCCUCGCUGGUGGCUGACGUGCACCAGUACGUCUACCGCCGCACCGGCGUGAUCGGCGUCCAGCCCGAGGAGGUGACCGAGGCGGCCAAGAGGUCGGUGACGGAGAACCGGCUGCACCGAUGCCUGAUCUGCGGCGCCCUCUCCGAGCUCCACGUGCCGCCUGAGUGGCUGGUUCCCGGCGGGAAGCUGUACAACUUGGCCAAGUCCACCCACGGGCAGCUCCGGCCCGACAAGAACUACAGCUUCCCCCUCAACAACGUGGUCUGCUGCUACAACCCGCAGAGGGACGUCCUGGCGCCGGACUACAAGCUCAGCUCCCUCGCCACCUGCAACUGGUGCCACGGCACGUCGGUGCGCCACGUCCGCGGCGACGGGGCGGUGGUCUACCUGGACGGCGACCGGACCAACGCGCGCUCGCAGGGCGGCAAGUGCGGCUGCGGCUUCAAGCACCACUGGGAAGGGAGGGAGUACGACAACCUGCCCGAGGCCUUCCCCAUCACGCUGGAGUGGGGGGGCCGCGUGGUGAGGGAGACGGUGUACUGGUUCCAGCACGAAGCCGAGCCGGCGCUGAACAGCAACGUGUACGACGUGGCCAUGAAGCUGGUGACCAAGCACUUCCCCGGGGAGUUCGGCAGCGAGAUCCUGGUGCAGAAGGUGGUGAACACCAUCCUGCACCACACCGCCAAGAAGAACCCGGACGAGUACAACCCGGUGUCCAUCGCCGGGGCCCACGACCAGCGCCACACGGACGCCGCCGAGACGACGCCGCCGCCGGAGGCCCGGACGCCGCCCACCAAGAUCAUCCUGACCGGUCAGAAGGCCAAGACGCUGCACAGGGAGGAGCUGACGAUGAGCCGGGCGGAGCGCGGCGUCCAGCAGAGCAUCGGCGAGCAGGCGCCGGUCCACCAGAAGAGGCGCACCGACCGGCUGAGGCAGGAGGAGCAGAAGAGCCGCGCGCCGGUGCCGGAAACCUCCUCCUCGGCGCCGGCCACCCCGACCAAGUCCUCCACCGCCUCCUCGCCGUCCAACAAGGAGAAGAAGAUCCGCGUGACCACCAGCGACGGCCGGCAGGCGAUGCUGACGCUGCCGGUCCACACCACCUUCUCGGAGCUGCAGAGGAGCGUGGCCCAACAGUUCGGCGUGCCGCCGGCGCGGCAGUGCAUCCGGCACGGCUUCCCGCCCAGGGAGCUUCCGCCGCCCAAGGACGGCGAGGAGAACGAGCCGGCGGCGCUGCAGCACGGCGACCGGGUGACGGUGGAGAUCCUGAGGGCGGCGGAGGACGAGGGCCCCGCGGCCUCGGCGCCGAGGGCCUCCGGCUCGCACACGGCGAGCAGCGAGGAGGAGGAGGCGGCGCCCGGCAGGUCGAGCAGCCGCGGCCUCCAGGAGGGCAUCGACCUGGAGAUGUCGUCCCUCUGUCUCCUAGCAACCCUGAUGGGUGAGGACGUCUGGUCGUAUGCGAAGAAGCUGCCUCACUUAUUCCAGCAGGGCGGCGUCUUCUACAACAUCGUGAGGAAGGACAUGGGCCUGAUGGACGGGAAGCACUGCACGCUGCCUCACCUCACGGGGAAGACCUUCGUCUACAACGCGGCCGAGGAGCGCCUGGAGCUCUGCGUGGACGCCGCGGGCCACUUCCCCGUGGGCCCCGACGUGGAGGAGCUGGUGAAGGAGGUGCUGGUGCAGCUGCGCUCCGACGGCAGGGGCAGCAGAGAGGGGAGCCCCUCCCACGGCCUCCUGCGGCUCGGCGGCGGCGGCGUCGUCCACAAGAAGGAACGUCUGCAGAGCGUCACCGCCUUCCAGGGCAGAGGCCACUCCUUGGGCAGCGCCGGGGGCUCCUCCCCCCCGGAGCACCGGCCAAUCACGCGCCAGCACAGCAGCGGGGUGGACCUGAGCGCCAGCGUGUCCCGGGACCCCCCCGACCUGUCGGACAUCCCUGAGGACGCCACCAGGGAGCUGGUCCGCAUGGCGCCGGGCUUCGUCACCACCAAGGAGGGCCGCGGCCUGGACCCCGGCCUGAUGGAGCAGCAGCGCCGGAAGCUGCAGGAGAUGGUGUCCUCCAUCCAGGCCUCCAUGGAGCGCCACCUGAGGGAGCAGCAGAGCGACGCUGCCGCAGGGGGCGGGACUAAGACGGGGGGCGGCCAACCGCCGUCUACGCUGGACGUGGAGGAGGAGCAUCGUCCGGCCGCGGCGGUGCCCAGCAAACCGGAGGGGAAAGGGGCGGAGCCGGAGGAGAUGGAGAGUCAGGACGGCGAGCAGACCAACGCCACCGAACCCAUGGAUCACUCCUGAUCGCCGCCCCCCCCACCACAAUUACACACACAACCCCCCGCCCCUCCACCCCCCCCCCCCCCCCCCCCCCCACGCCUCGGGUCGGACCCUCCAGCUGGUCGUGUGGCGAGCGGAGGGCCCGUCACCCACCGGGAGCCGCUUCGAUUUUCUUACGUCUUCACGUCCCGUCCCCCCCCCCCCGUGUUUGCUCGCCCACCGGAUUCCCCCCAAUGCUUUAACGUGGUCAGGUGACCUGCAGGUAACGAGCGCCACUGCUUCACCGACACAUCAAAGACGUCAAAGAUGAUGCUUCCUGUGAUUGUUUAUAAUAACGAAUUAAUUCCAUCAGACUGAAACGUUACAUAAAUGUUGCUUCAUUAAAGUCUUCAACGAAACAAAGACGAGCGUAAAGAGGAGCUCAAAUACACAAGGUCCACACUCGUUUCCUGCAGGUAGGACUUUAUUCAUGUGGCUGGGGGGGGGGGGGGCAGAGCUGCAAGUCUGAAGGUGCUUCUAGAAUGAAGUAUGACAUUGUGUCUGUGAAACAGGAAGUGAAGGUGCGGCCUUUCACCUCCGCCCCCUUUAAGACAUGAGAAAGAACAGCUUUUGUUCUAUAAGGGAUGUGACAGCAGAGGCAGACCCAGUGGGGUCGCGUUGGGUCGACGACCCCCCCCCGGGUUCCUGCAAGCGAUCGAUCGUUGAUCCGGUUUGAGCCGCGUCGUCGGCUUCUUGUUUGAGGUCCAUUUCAGGCGCGAUGGUUCCUGCAGUUUGACGCUGACGAGCUUCGAUGCUCAUGAAAUACACUGCAACAGUUUCCCAGCAUGCUUUGCAGCGCUUCUCACCACAGCGAUCUCGUUGACCCCCUCGAUUAAGAGUUCAGCGGUUAAACUGAGAAAUACUCAUCCUUCUGCUUGUUGAGGGCUUCCCUCGGUUAGCUUAGCUUAGCUUAGCACAAAGACUGGAAACAAAGCAUGGCUUAAAAAAAGUGUCAACAGUUAUGUGCUUGAAAUAUAGACUUCCUGCUAAGCUAAGCUAAUCACAAACAUCACAUGACGACAUAUUGAACUAUCCCUUUUAAAGAGACUUUAUUUGCCAACAAAAAUCGCUUUGUUUUAGGGGGACUUUUCCUCAGGCCUUAAAAUCCGCUAAAAGAAUUCCAUAUUUUCACACAAAUCCUCGAGUCCCACUUUUAGAUUUGAAAUAUUAUUUUUGUUGCUCGUUUUUUUUGGGGCAAAAAAAAACAGAUCUCAGGUCUGUAAAACGUGAACGAGGUUUAUUUUGAUUGAAGCGAACAAACAUGAAACUCAGCACUUUGCUUCAUGGGCGGAGGAGUCAAAAAGCUACGUUAGCGUAGCAUGCUAACGUUAGCCGGAGGGGAGGCGGAUGUGAAGUUUUUUUUGGCGGCUGCUGUACGCUGACAUGAAUUGUAACUCAGUUGUAUAAUAGUAAAUAUUGUAGUAUAUUUGGACUUUGUACAGAAACUGAUUGUUCACAUUCUUCACAUUUUCUUUCUAAUCUGGUUUGCCAAUAAAAUAUCGACGAUACGUGGCUUCGACAUCGCUGUUUGCAUGUGAUGAAUUUCCAACCCCAACAAUAAACUCACUUACUUCACUGUUUUUUUUCGUGGGUUUUUCUGUGUUUUAUGAAUCAAAG